ACCCAAAAUCUCUCGCAUUAGGCCCUUUUCUCUCUCAAAUAAUACACAUCUGCGCCUGCAUCUGGCUCUAGUAGUACAAUUCUACUGCAUAAUGAUAUACAUAUAGGCAUCUACUAGCAGCUACCUGUUUACAGACACGCACUUACUUGGUAGCAGCAGUAUAUAUAUUAUAUAAAUAUUAUUUACACUUCAAAACCCAAAAGAAAGGAAAAAAAAAAGAGAAAUAUAACAGGACUAGCCUCUGCUACUACACGGCCACCACUACAAUCUAUUGUUUGUCUAAAUAAUAAUAAAACAAAAGCUUAAAAAUUUUGACAAUCAAUGGCGGCGAUAGCUACUGCCUCAUGGCAGCCACAGGAGCAAGGGUUCAAAGAGAUCUGUGGGUUGCUUGAAAACCAGAUUUCACCUUCUUCUACUGCUGACAAGUCUCAGAUUUGGCAGCAACUUCAACACUAUUCCCAAUUCCCCGAUUUCAACAAUUACCUCGUUUUUAUCCUGACUCGCGCCGAGGGUAAAUCCGUGGAGAUUCGACAAGCCGCUGGUCUGCUGCUGAAGAACAACCUCAGAACUGCAUAUCAAUCGAUGGCUCCUGCACAUCAACAAUAUAUUAAGUCAGAGUUGUUGCCUUCUUUAGGAGCAGCAGAUAGGCAUAUAAGGUCAACAGUUGGGACUAUUGUAAGUGUUGUUGUUCAAAUAGAGGGAAUUUUAGGGUGGCCUGAGUUGUUGCAGGCCCUUGUAACUUGCUUGGACAGUAAUGAUCCAAAUCACAUGGAAGGUGCUAUGGAUGCUUUGUCUAAGAUAUGUGAGGAUAUCCCUCAAGUCUUGGAUUCUGAUGUUCCUGGGUUACCUGAUCGCCCCAUCAACAUACUUCUUCCUCGAUUCUAUCAUUUUUUCCAGUCACCAAACAGUUCACUGAGAAAGCUUGCCUUGGGUUCUAUAAAUCAAUACAUUAUGUUAAUGCCUGCAGCUCUAUAUGCAUCUAUGAAUCAAUAUCUCCAGGGUUUGUUUGUUCUUGCUAAUGAUCCUGCUGCAGAAGUCCGGAAAUUGGUUUGUGCAGCUUUUGUGCAAUUAAUUGAAGUCCGACCAUCUUUCACAGAGCCACACUUAAGAGACAUAAUUGAAUAUAUGUUGCAAGUAAACAAAGAUGGUGACGAUGAAGUGGCUCUUGAAGCCUGUGAAUUCUGGUCUGCAUAUUGCGAUGCUCAGUUACCACCUGAGAACUUGAGAGAAUUCUUACCCCGCCUGAUUCCAAUUUUGUUGUCAAACAUGGCAUAUGCUGAGGAUGAUGAGUCACUUGUUGAUGCUGAGGAAGAUGAGUCUCUCCCAGACCGGGAUCAGGAUCUGAAACCCCGUUUUCAUUCAUCACGAAUUCAUGGAUCAGAUAGUGUGGAUGAUGAUGAUGAUGAUAUAGUUAAUAUAUGGAAUUUAAGGAAAUGCAGUGCAGCUGCUCUUGAUAUUCUAUCAAAUGUGUUUGGAGAUGAGAUUCUUCCAACGUUCAUGCCUGUUGUUCAGGGUAAGCUAUCUGCUACUGGUGAUGAAGCCUGGAAAGACAGGGAAGCAGCUGUCUUGGCUCUGGGUGCUGUAGCUGAGGGUUGCAUUAAUGGUCUUUAUCCUCACCUGCCCCAGAUUGUGGAAUUUCUUAUCCCUUUAUUGGAUGAUAAGUUUCCUCUUAUACGAAGUAUUUCUUGCUGGACAAUUUCUAGAUUCAGCAAAUACAUUAUUCAGGAAAGUGGUCAUGAAAAAGGCUAUCAACAAUUUGACAAGGUUCUAAUGGGCCUUUUACGGAGGAUUUUGGAUACUAACAAGCGUGUCCAAGAGGCUGCUUGUUCAGCUUUUGCGACACUAGAAGAGGAGGCUGCUGAAGAAUUAGCACCACGCUUAGAUGUUAUUCUACAGCAUCUCAUGUGUGCUUUUGGGAAAUAUCAGAGACGGAAUCUGAGAAUCGUAUAUGAUGCUAUUGGAACUCUAGCAGAUGCUGUUGGGGCAGAACUGAAUCAACCCAGUUAUCUUGAAAUUCUGAUGCCACCAUUGAUUGGAAAAUGGCAGCAGCUUGCAAAUUCAGACAAAGACAUCUUUCCGUUGCUCGAGUGCUUUACAUCCAUAGCACAGGCGUUGGGUCCAGGGUUCUCUCAAUUUGCUGAGCCUGUAUUUGAGAGAUGUAUAAAUAUCAUCCGGAGCCAACAGUUAGCAAAGGUUGAUCCUGUUUCAGCAGGAGUUCCAUAUGAUAAAGAGUUUAUUGUCUGCUCCCUGGAUCUCCUCUCUGGACUUGCUGAGGGUCUUGGUAGUGGGAUAGAGAGUUUGGUUUCACAAAGUAAUUUGAGGGACCAGCUCCUACAGUGUUGCACGGAUGAUGCGUCUGAUGUCCGACAGAGUGCUUUUGCACUCCUUGGAGACCUUGCAAGGGUGUGUGCUGUACAUUUGAGCCCUCGAUUGACCGAAUUUCUUGAUGUUGCAGCCAAACAACUGAGUGCACCUAAGCUCAGGGAAACUGUGUCUGUUGCAAAUAAUGCUUGUUGGGCUAUUGGAGAAUUAGCAGUUAAGGUUCAUCAAGAAAUUUCUCCUAUUGUUAUGACUGUAAUAUCAAGCUUAGUUCCGAUCCUUCAACAUCCGGAGGAGCUCAACAAAUCGCUAAUAGAAAAUAGUGCAAUAACACUUGGGAGGGUUGCAUGGGUCUGUCCUGAGGUUGUAUCACCACAUAUGGAGCAUUUCAUGCAAUCAUGGUGCAUUGCUUUGUCAACGAUUCGUGAUGAUAUUGAAAAGGAGGAUGCUUUUCGAGGACUAUGUGCAAUGGUCCGAGCAAAUCCUUCAGGAGCUUUAAGUUCACUUGUUUUCAUGUGCAAAGCUAUUGCAAGUUGGCAUGAAAUAAGGAGCGAAGAGCUACACAAUGAAGUUUGUCAGGUUUUGCAUGGAUAUAAGCAGAUGCUUAGAAAUGGAGCUUGGGACCAGUAUAUGUCUGCUCUGGAACCCCCUGUGAAGGAGAAGCUUUCGAAAUAUCAAGUGUAACACUAUUCUGAUUUCAUGUAGUGGAAAUUCUUCCUCAGUAUUUGGGUCUUCUGUGCUAUUUGCAUCAGCUGUGGUACUCAUUUUGUGCAUUGUUAUAUAUGGAGCCACAGUCGGUGCAGACCAGGGUUUGGUCACUAUUUUUUUUUCAUGCAAAGCAGUAAGCAUACUUCCAUGAAGCUUGAAGCUAACUUGCACCUCCUCAAAACAUUCAACGGAUUGGUUGUCUGAACAGCAUGUGGUUUGAGAGAAAUGAAGUAAUUGGGAAAUGGAAAUGAAAUAUGGUUGCAGCUUCCAAGUUUUACAGAGGAUUUUCUUCUUUUAUGUUUUGUGUGAAGAUGGCUAAUAAUGACCUUAUUUGAAGUUUCAAUUCUUUUUCUUUUCUGGUCUGGAGGCUUUUCUUCAUUUCCAGUGUCAGUGGAUAGGUUUUUGUGUGAUUCCCAACAUAUUUUUGUACAACAUUUUUCGACAGUGAUAGUGAUUCGAUUAUUAGAAGUUUUUCACGCCAUAUAUUAUUAUUCUUCAAGGUUUGUAAUUGAUAGACUAGGAUGGAUUCGGAAUCUAGUUUCACAUUGGGACAAAACAAAAUUAUGUAUUGUUUAACAUUGUACCUUAAUAUAUUUGAUAUUGAAUCAAUAUUUUGCUUAAA